UCGGUAGGACGAACGUCGCGCGGGGUGUGAAUUUCACCCGCCCGCCGAUGAAGACAUGCGAUUGCGAUUAGUACUGCGUUGAUUCUGGAAGCUAUCACUCUCGCUUCAGUCCCCGGUGUGCAUUUGCGGAUAUACGCAGCUGACCACUGAUACUAAGGCAUCGUUCAACAAGACAGAAAUCGUUACUCGGACUAAACUAAUCAGAAAUAUACAACCAUGUCGCUUCGUCUUGCAUCAUCUCCCUACUUCCGCCGUUUUCUUAUGCCCAAUAGAAAGACCGUUCCAUCACGCACAAUGAGCCGCGACCCCUACUCCGAUCCCAGAGGAUUCACUUUCGCUGAUAUGAAGAAGAACCCAGCCGUUAUCCCACUGGUCGUCAUCAUUUCUGCCACCAUGACGGGUCUUGUUGGCUACUGUACCUAUGCGUCGUUCACCCGUCCUGAUGUCAGUCUGAACAAAAAAACUUUUGAAUGGGAUACCAUGGACGUCAUGAAUCCAAAGAAAUUAAAGAUGCGCGUUUUCAACCAGGAGUACAAACCGAUGCCGGAAUUGAACGAAGCACUUUCCUACCGGGAGGAGUACGAGAAGAAGGAAUCUUAAGAUGAUUGUACAGCAACAUAUCCUGCAGAUAUUGCUGACAAGAUCUUUGAUGCAAAUGUCUCACACUGAUAAUAGUAAUAAUACUACACAACGUAGCUUCAAUUAAUUAAUACGAGCAUAUCCGUCGUCUUACAACACUAUUCUAUCGGCACGCGUACUUGUCCACAUAGGGGAACGGUUCAACAGUUCAUCCCAUAGCUCCUAUUUCCAUCCCAUCAAAAACAAAGCAAUAAAAAGGCAUUUGAUUUGUUUCUUAUUUUUGUGAUUUUUUCACCAGUGAGCACGCGUGUUAGCAAAAAGAAGCGACGAGAUUGGUGCUGUAUUUCUUUGUUUUGCGAUGCGAUGGAAAACAGAUGAGAUGGAAAACGGAACAGUUCCCCUAGUUGCCACGUUCCGUCUAUUCUACCUGUAAAAUGCACAGUGCAACUGCAUCAGUAGCGGUCGUUACUCAUGACUUGUAGAUGUCAAAAUGCAACAGCAGUAGUGUUAUACCAUGAUCAGACUACGGGCUUUUUACAUGCUACUGAGCCAUCUUGAUGGCAUUUCUCAAGCCGAACAUUUUAAUGAUAUGUUGUUCAAUUCGUAGUCUGAACGUGGUAUUAGAUGUUUUCAGCCAAUAAAUUAUUCUCCCUCAUAGUAUUCUGUCGCUGUUGUUGGAAGAGCUAGUCAAUAGUACACAAUAUAAUACAGCUUACAAGUUUAUUGUUCUAUCUCACUCUCGAUUCGUGAU